AUGUUGUCCUUCACAGCAACGACUGGUCGCGCACUUUUCGCCGGCUCUCAACAAAUUCUACGCAACGCAUUGCACACAUCGGUCCCAAUGAAUGCUAAAGUUGCCGUGGUUUUAUCAGGUUGUGGUGUCUACGAUGGAAGUGAAAUCCAUGAGGCAUCAGCUGUCCUUGUGCAUCUGAGCCGUAACCAGGCCCAAGUAUCUAUGUUUGCUCCUAACAUUGAUCAAAUGCACACUAUUAACCAUACGAAAGGAGAACCAAUGGAGCCAAACAGGAAUGUGCUAAUUGAGUCUGCUCGAAUUGCUCGAGGGAAAGUUGAAGCUCUUUCUGGCCUCCAAGCAAAUGGAUUUGAUGCUGUUAUUUUCCCAGGAGGAUUUGGUGCUGCAAAAAACUUAUCUUCAUUUGCAUCUGAAGGUGCAGACCUGAAAGUUAUCCCUGAUGUGGAACGGGUUUUAAAAGAAUUCCAUGAAGCCAAGAAACCAGUUGGUCUUUGCUGUAUUGCUCCUGUACUGGCAGCCAAAGUUAUUCCAGGUUGUGAAGUUACAGUGGGGUCAGAUGAAGAAGAAGGUGGCAAAUGGCCUUAUGCUGGAACAGCUGGAGCCAUUGAAAAGCUUGGAGCCAAACAUGUGAAAAAGGCUGUGACAAUAUCCUUUGUGUUUCUUUAUUAA